GGAUUUAACGGCGGCUCUCCGUCUUAUUUGAAACUCCUGCGGCGCUUCUCCAUCCUUUCCCUUCUCGCUUUGGUGAAGGAGCGCCUCGAAUCAAGGCGGAAGUGGUCUGAACAGAGGAGGGGCCCAGUGACAGGUUAGCCUUGGCAGGGAUUCUAACUAUGUCUGAUAAAAGUGAAUUGAAGGCAGAGUUAGAACGUAAGAAACAACGCUUGGCUCAAAUAAGAGAGGAGAAAAAAAGAAAAGAAGAAGAAAGAAAGAAAAAGGAAACUGAUCAGAAGAAAGAUGCCCUUCCUGUACAAGAUGAGUCUGACCUUGAAAAGAAGAGACGGGAAGCAGAAGCUUUGCUUCAGAGCAUGGGUUUAACACCAGAUACUCCUAUGGCUGUGCAACCUCUACGACUAGUAACAGCGGAUACCUGUCUGUUUCACUAUUUAGUCCCUCCUCCUAUGUCUCCAUCUUCGAAAUCUGUGAGCACACCAAGUGAGGCUGGAAGCCAGGAUUCUGGGGAUGGUGCUGUUGGUUCAAGGACGCUGCAUUGGGAUACUGAUCCAUCUGUUCUACAGCUCCACUCUGAUUCCGAUCUGGGACGUGGACCUAUUAAGCUUGCAAUGUCCAAAAUUACUCAAGUUGACUUUCCUCCUCGAGAAAUGGUCACAUAUACGAAGGAGACCCAAACUCCAGUUAUGACUCAGCCUAAGGAAGAUGAGGAAGAUGAAGAUGAUGUAGUUAUACAAAAACCACCAGUUGAACCUGAGGAAGAAAACACCUUGAAAAAGGAGGAAGAAGAGGAAGUUGCCCCUCAUGAACUAACAGAAGAAGAAAAGCAACAGAUUUUGCAUUCUGAAGAGUUUUUGAGCUUCUUUGAUCAUUCUACAAGAAUUGUAGAAAGAGCUCUUUCUGAGCAAAUUAAUAUUUUCUUUGACUACAGUGGCCGUGACUUAGAAGACAAAGAAGGAGAAAUUCAGGCAGGUGCUAAACUGUCUUUAAACAGACAGUUUUUUGAUGAGCGUUGGUCAAAGCAUCGUGUUGUUAGUUGCUUGGACUGGUCAUCUCAGUAUCCAGAGUUGUUAGUAGCAUCUUAUAACAACAAUGAAGACGCACCUCAUGAGCCUGAUGGGGUGGCCCUUGUCUGGAAUAUGAAAUACAAGAAAACCACACCAGAAUAUGUCUUUCACUGCCAGUCAGCUGUUAUGUCUGCGACAUUUGCAAAAUUUCAUCCAAAUUUGGUGGUUGGCGGCACAUACUCUGGACAAAUUGUGCUCUGGGAUAACCGUAGCAAUAAGCGAACGCCAGUUCAGAGAACUCCUCUUUCAGCUGCUGCUCACACGCAUCCUGUAUACUGCGUAAAUGUUGUGGGGACACAGAAUGCCCAUAACCUUAUCAGCAUUUCUACUGAUGGGAAGAUUUGCUCAUGGAGCCUGGAUAUGCUGUCGCAGCCACAGGAUAGCAUGGAGUUAGUUCAUAAGCAAUCCAAAGCUGUUGCUGUGACUUCUAUGUCCUUCCCUGUUGGAGAUGUCAACAACUUUGUCGUUGGAAGUGAAGAGGGCUCUGUCUACACAGCAUGUCGCCAUGGCAGCAAAGCUGGAAUCAGUGAGAUGUUUGAAGGCCACCAAGGGCCUAUCACAGGUAUCCAUUGUCAUGCAGCAGUUGGACCUGUAGACUUUUCACAUCUAUUUGUAACUUCUUCUUUUGACUGGACUGUAAAACUUUGGACAACUAAGAACAACAAGCCUCUGUAUUCAUUUGAGGACAACUCAGAUUAUGUUUAUGAUGUGAUGUGGUCACCCACUCACCCUGCCCUCUUUGCUUGUGUGGAUGGAAUGGGAAGACUUGAUCUAUGGAAUCUCAACAAUGACACCGAGGUGCCAACAGCAAGCAUUACUGUGGAUGGUAAUCCAGCCCUUAAUCAUGUAAGAUGGACAAAUUCAGGACGUGAGAUUGCUGUGGGAGAUUCCGAAGGACAAAUAAUAAUUUAUGAUGUAGGAGAGCAAAUUGCUGUUCCCCGAAAUGAUGAGUGGACACGUUUUGGUCGGACAUUAGCUGAAAUUAAUGCAAACAGAGCUGAUGCAGAAGAGGAAGCAGCAACUCGAAUUCCUUCCUAAAGUUUUCCAGUGGAUUCUAGCAGUGAAUUUGGGAAUGAGCUAAAAAGAGCAUGUACUCAUCUGCAGCAGCAGCAACUUGAGAGUGAAAACAUGCAGUAAACUAUGGAUUUGACAAAUGUAUAAAGAUUACUGAAGCAGAUCUUGUGAAGUUGCUUUUUAAAAGCUAAAUCACAUACUCUUAAUCUAAUCUGCGUACAUUGAUAUUUAUCUUAACUUGGCAAGUGGUAUCUUCUGUUGAAACACUACUCAUAUUGUAUAUUUAAAGUUAGUUAGGCUGUCCAACUUUCAGCGGCAUUUAAGUAAGUUAUGUAAACCGAUCUCGGGGGUGGGGGGAAGAUUAUGGGACUGCUUAGUUACACAUGCACCUGUUCGCAGCAACCUUUAUCCUAAUCGUUACACAGUAGGCUCCAUGGUGGUAGAUCAUGUAAAAGAAUAAAAAUAAUUACUAAACUUUUUUUAAUUAAUGGAAAGUUUCUAAAACACCUUGGACUUUUUUGUUAAAUCUGUGUAGUUUAGCAAGAAUUCUUUAUCAAUAAAAUACAUGGCCUUUUUCUCAUAUGCA